GACUUCUCAAUGGAGAUCAUUGUAGCGACAACACGUAGUUGGAGCUAGGGAGCUGAGCAGCACAGUUAUUGCAAUCACGUUGAACGCGCCACUGUCUGUGGCAGUGGCAUCGUCCGGACUGUGUGUGAGAGAGGAAGACAUCAAACGACAGUAGUGGUAAGGGAAGGUUUAUAAGAUGUUACAGCGCGGCUUUCUCAACACUUCAACUGUGGCAGUGCCUUUACAAUGUGUUGGAUUCUUUUUUGGAGCAAUGGCUAUGUGAUUGCGGGUUCCUUUUGAGUGCGUUCCAGAGAGGAAAAGGCUCCAAUUAUCAACUGCAGGUGUGAAGUAGACGUGUUCUGACACCUUGGCAACCAGCAAUCACAAUCCAUCCGUCUGUCUGCUGAAGGAUACACUUGAUCGUUAAUCACCACCCGGAGUGUCUCUUCUGUUGAACCCCCUCCCCCCAGUUUAUUCAGUGAAUGGUGGACAAGGCUGGUGGAUGGUGGACAACGCCGGUGGAUGGUGGACAACACUUCUUCUUGAGUCUUUUCCAGUAAAAUUUCAACAAACAAAUUGUAUCAAAAAAGAUGCGACUGAACUGUCCCCCCAUGUGGAGUGUGAUUAGCGUGUUGACUGUGCUCGUACCCCUUUGGGAGAAGGGCUGCUCUGGCCUGACCUUGAACUCAGUGCCCCUGCAUCAGGUCGGGAUGUACCAAAGGAGCGGCGAAGGGGGGACACACCACAGGCAGAGGCGCAGCUGGGUGUGGAACCAGUUCUUUGUGCUGGAGGAGUACAUGGGGGACGAGCCACUCUACGUGGGCAAGCUGCACUCGGACGUGGACAAGGGUGAAGGGCAGGUGAAGUACGUACUCAACGGAGAGGGAGCUACCUCCAUCUUCACCAUCGACGAGAACACGGGCGACAUCCACGCCACCAAGCGUCUGGACCGCGAGGAGCAGCCUUACUACACGCUCCGGGCUCAGGCCAGGCACCGCCACACCAACCUGCCCGUGGAGCCAGAGUCUGAGUUCGUCAUCAAGGUCCAGGAUAUUAACGACAAUGAGCCAAAGUUCCUGGAUGGACCCUACUCAGCCAGGGUCCCCGAGAUGUCCCCAGUGGGCACAUCUGUGGUGACGGUGGUGGCGACUGAUGCGGACGACCCCACGUAUGGAAACAGUGCCAGGGUGGUCUACAGUAUCCUUGAGGGCCAGCCCUACUUCUCCGUGGAACCAAGAACAGGCGUGGUCAGGACGGCUCUGCCCAACAUGGACCGCGAGGCUAGGGAACAGUAUCUGCUCGUCAUCCAGGCCAAGGACAUGGUGGGUCAGAUGGGAGGACUCUCCGGGACCACCUCUGUCACGGUGACGCUCACUGACGUCAACGACAACCCACCACACUUCUCUCGCAAGAGCUAUCAGUUCAGCGUGCCCGAGUCCCUGCCGGUGGCCACGACGGUAGCCAAGAUAAAGGCACUAGACUCAGAUGUGGGACCCAAUGCUGAGAUGGAAUACAGGAUCGUGGAUGGGGACGGCCUGGGACUGUUCCGAAUCACCCCCGACCCAGACACACAGGAGGGCCUCAUCACUCUGCAAAAGGGCCUGGACUUUGAGACCAAGUCGAGCUACACCCUGCGUGUCGAGGCGUCCAAUAGAAACAUCGACCUGCGAUUCCUGUCCCUGGGGCCGUUUAGCGACACAGCGACAGUGCGCCUCAACGUGCAGAACGUGGACGAGCCGCCCGUCUUCUCCUCGCCGUUCAGCAAGAUGGUAAUCUCGGAGGAGGCAACGGUAGGCACCACCAUCGGGACCAUCUUCGCACACGACCCAGACUCCACCAACAGUCCCAUCAGAUACUCUAUAGACCGCAACACCGACUUGGAGCGUUUCUUCAACAUAGACGCCACCACCGGUGUCAUCAGCACCGCCAAGCCCCUGGACAGAGAGGUUAACGCCGUACACAACAUCACCAUCUUCGCCACGGAGAUCCUGGACCCACUGCAAGUGGGAAAGGGUGUAGUUCUGAUCACAGUGACGGACAUCAAUGACAACGCGCCUGUCUUCGCCAUCGAGUAUGAGACCUACCUUUGUGAGAGUGCCAGACCUGGACAGGUCAUUGAGACCAUCAGUGCUGUUGACCGAGACCAGCCUCAGAGUGGACACCGCUUCUUCUUCUCCCUAACCGCUGAGGCUGCUGGGAAUCUCAACUUCACCCUGAGAGACAACAAAGACAACACGGCUUCUGUGCUGACCAAGCGAGGGGGUUUCCAGCGCCGCCACCAGAACGUGUACCGUCUCCCCGUUCUCAUCAUGGACAAUGGGAGCCCCGCCCUCAGCAGCACCAACACCCUGUCCAUCCGGGUGUGCGACUGUGACCCUGAUGGGAUCCCCCAGUCGUGUGGGAGUGAGAACUCCAUGCUCUCAGCGGGCCUCAGCACCGGGGCCCUCAUUGCCAUCCUGGCCUGCAUCCUCACACUACUGGUGCUGGUCCUGUUGAUCAUCACCAUGCAGCGACGGAGGAAGAAGGAGCCCUUGAUCCUGGACGAGGAGCGUGAUGUGCGCGAGAACAUUGUGCGCUACGACGACGAGGGCGGCGGCGAGGAGGACACAGAGGCCUUUGACAUGGUCGCUCUACGCAACCUCAACGUAGUCCGUGAGAGCGGCAGCAAGAACCGCCGUGACGUCACUCCAGAAGUGCCCACCCUCUUCUCGUCUUCCCGGCCACCGCCGGACAACGGCAUCUUCCGCGAGUUCAUCUGGGACCGGCUGAAGGAGGCCGACGUGGACCUGUCAGCACCACCCUACGACUCACUGCAGACGUACGCCUUCGAGGGCAGCGGCUCAGCCGCAGAGUCCCUCAGCUCGCUGGAUUCGCUGAGCAUGGACUCGGAGCAGAACUACGACUACCUCAGCGACUGGGGGCCACGCUUCAAGAAACUGGCAGACCUCUAUGGCCACAGCGACGGCGGCAACCUCUUCGUCUCUUAGCCCUCGGUUGAGCCCCGCCGAUAUGAAUAAGGAUACAAGAAAGGACAUUUUAGAUGACGAUAGGAUGAUGCUGUACUCUGAGAGGACAUUUGAUUGGUGUGGUAUAAAUGCAUCAAUGUGGGUUGAGAAUUAACUGUAGGAUGAUGGUUUUCCAUUCAAAAUGCUUUGUUUUGGGCACUGCAUACUGGCUGGAUUUUUCAAAGGAUGACAUUUUGGAGAUUUUGUUAGUAAUGUUUUAACAUGAAAUGAUGCAAAGCUUAAAACAUUGGGAUGGCCUCCAGACCCGUUGGAAGGACCUCAACGCACAAAUGUCCAGACAUUCUCAUGUCACAGUGACGUUCAAACGGAACAAGGAGUGAACCGAUAUCUACGCUUCAGUGGUGAUACAACAGUGACAUUUUCAAGUACAACAUCUUGUCAUGGUGAAAUGAGUAGCCUGACCUCUUCAACUGGCCCUGUAGUCUGUCCCAGGGUUCACUAUGAUCUGUAACAUUUGUUUCAAACUGAUAUUUAGGGGUUCACAGCUUUGCUGUAAAACCUAUUGUUAUUCUUAUAUUAUAAUGUUUUCCUUGACAUGGUAAAAUAACUCAAGCAUAGGUUGAUAACUUUUGUUUGAAUUCGGCACACAAAAACUAGAGGCCAUGAGUAACUUGGUCUAAAAGAAUGGUACUGAUUGACCUAUAGGUGGCGUUGUAAUACGCAGUCUCAUUUAAACCCUCAUAUCUGCUGCCCAGUAUGACCUACAGACUUUAAACUUUGUAUGUAGGUGUCUUUCCUCAUACUGAACAAAUUUACCUCAAGGACCCAUAAGGCCAGCCAGGAUAGAUUUUCCUACAUCUUGGACAUUUUGGAAAACCUUUGAUAAAAAUAACAUAAAUAAGGGAUUGGUUAACAGGGCUGAGUAAUUAUUAAAUCUAGAAAUCAUAUUUACGUGUCAAUUUAAAUCCUUUGUAUAUCCAUUUCACAAUGUCCUAUCAAUUUGCAACUUCUUAGGGUCAUCAAAGACAUUACCACGAUGAACCAUGUUAAGUUUGGCAUUGAUAUCGUAAAGGCCGAAUUUAGCCGUUUUUAUAUCAAUGUCAAAUCAUUUCUUCUCAACAAUUAAAUACCUUACUGUAAUAGUUUUCCAUUGAAAUGGACAAUAGUUUUUAGCAAAUAACUAUUUCUAAAGCAAGACCCCAUGGUGUAUGUGGGGAUGGGAAAACUCAAAACUAGCUGUUAUUGGCAGGGAGGUUUGGAACUCUUUGUUAUUGGUCUAUUAACCAAUUUACCGCCUGGUGAUGUCACCAGGUGGUAAAUUGAACUCCCACCCAUGCAAACCUUCUGAUUAGAACAUUCAGUGUAGAUUGUAUUUUCAAAACAUGGCAGAGUUAUUGACACUUUUUUUUAUACUACAAAUCUAUUCCACAGUGGCCUGUGAAACUAUUAUUGACAUCCCUAAAAUGAACCACACUUAAUUAUUAUUAACAACUCAUUAUUUUCAUAUGUAACGCUCAUGCUCAAAACCACAUUGUCCUCAUAAAAACAUACGUCACUUUCACUCCAUAUUUUGAUUGCACUUAAAGGAAGAUGCUUCCAACAUGAUAGAGUGCUUUGUUAUUCAAUUGAUCUUGUGUCCUUUGUCAUCCUGUGAACCCUGUUCAUUGCUGCUGGCAGGCAGUUAUAUUCAUGGAAGAGAUUCUCAAAACAGGAUAAAUCCUUAUGGAUUUUACAGCAGGGUUUCAUCAAUGGUGGAUUUGAUCAAUUCAGGCUUACUCUGGUCCAUAUUCAGUAGAGCUCACCGUAGCAACAUUUUUUGAAACAGAAAACAGAAAUGGGUGUUUCUUAUUCGACCGGUAGUCCAGUAGUCUCUCUCCCUUUUCUUCCAUUUGGUGGCUACCGAACACGGUCACGAUCUACAAUCCUAUAACGGUAUCUAGACACCUGUCCGAUUUGUCCGCUCUCACGCUCACAUUCCGAAUGAACAUGCUUAGAGUGUCACAAUGCCUCUGAGGUUCUGAAUGAACAUGCUUAGAGUGUCACAAUGCCUCUGAGGUUCUGAAUGAACAUGCUUAGAGUGUCACAAUGCCUCUGAACGGUGUAGCAGGGAAGGUGAGAUAAGGCAAAGAGACUGGGGUUGGGGGGUAGCGAUGAAGAAAACACUAUCAUGUCACAGCCUGGAAGCCUUGUAAACAUCUGCAGUGAUUGCACCAUAUCGGUAAGUUAAAAAUGUAAAGCUGUUGUGAUUGUUUUAUCUAUCCUAUGAGGUGUUCUAGCAACCAUGAUGGUUAAAUUUGUUGUUUUUUUAGUUGUUUUUUACGGAAACAUAGCUGUAACAGCAUUGGAAAAUACAGUUAGUGUUGGGAAACGAUUUACAGCAAAGCUGUGGGCACUUGUAAAAAUACUAAGCCAAGGAGAAUGUCAACUGUUAUUUUGCAUGCAGUGAGUAGAAAUCCAGGAUGGAAAAAUCAAGGCAAAAAACAGCUGGGAAACAAAACAAAUCUAGUUUUUGGUUAAGAGCUCUGAUGAGGCCUUAUACAUUUGAUGCUCAUUAGUUGGAGAAAACAUUACACCCUAAAUGGAACCAACACAGUUCUGCAUAUCCUUUUUCCCACUAUCGUGCUGACCCAAACCGUACAAUGUUGGCAAUAUAUUUUUUCUCAUUGUCCCAUUACAACAGUUUCAUCAACUAUGGAUGUGCAACGCCCCCCCCCCCCCCCCCCCCCCCCAUUGCGUAUAGUUCAACAGUACAGUAAAAUGUCACUUAAAUCCAACAAGUACAUUGAAGUACAAUGCAGUACAAAUGCUUUUAUCGAGAGCAACAACAUAAGCACCUGUUAAGACCCCCUUAUAAUAUCUUCAGUUUAAUUUUCAGCUCAUACCAAUCUUGAUUUAUUAUCAGCUAUUUUGAGGCUGUUGAAAAAAUGUAUGCCUACAAAUGUCUAAAGUUGAUUACAAACGUAUAAUAUACAUUUUAUUAUAUUAUUCUUUACUAUAAUAAAUCGUUAUACUGUUGGCUGGAAGUGUUACCAGAAAUGAGGAAGACGUGGUCAUACUUCUUUAAACAGCCAUCCACAGUACAGUAUUUGAGUUACAUAAAAACAAAAAAAAUGAUUUUCAGUUAGAAAAACACAUUUAAUAAAUACCUUUCGAGGUUUUCAAUGAUUACAUUUUAGCUAAUCUCUACCACAACUGAUAAUUAAGUCAUUCUGCUUCCAAAGUGAUGAUGAUGAAGAUUGAGGUUAUUUUCUUUAGUGAUGGCUGUCAUCGUUAAGGAAACACAAUUAUUUGUUAACUGUCUUGCUAAAUGGAAUUUUAAAGAGAUGUCGAAAUCUCGUCAGGCCUGGCUCAAAGUUUUAAUAAAUAUACAUUUAAUUAAGCAGAUUGCCAGAGAUCAUCUGCACUUGGAUGAGACACUAGGGGAGAGGCUUCGCUUUACCACACAAAUUAGUGUAUACAAAAAGAUAUAUACACAAAUUAGUGUAUACAAAAAGAGAUAUACACAAAUUAGUGUAUACAAAAAUAUAUAUACACAAAUUAGAACUAUUGUCAAUAAUAUUAUGAGUUUGUUCUAUAUUUCUGUGGCGUAGAAAGUUGGAUUUUAUCCAUGAAGCAUUUCGUUUGCACACAUUCUUAAAUGGACUCAGUUGUUGUUCUUGUUUCGGUAUUAGAAUACUGCAAACCCUUAAGGUUUGCCACGAAAUAUUGAUGUCAUAAUUCAUUUUUUAAAAGAACUUGAGAAUUUAGGAGUACCUGCACUUCUCAUUAAUUGGGAUAUUUAUUUUUCCUAUUUUACAUUAUGGAAACAACUUCAUGAUUAUUUGGUUGAUGUUUUUUUGGGGGGCGGGGUUUGUUACGAAAGCAUUGUAUGUACGCACGGCUUGUUUUCACUCGGAUCUAAGGAAUAUGACACCUGGUGAAUGUCAAAGUGGCCUUGCCUGUUUAGGAAAAGAGAAAAGGGACAACUGGUGUCAAGUGGCUGAUAAGGUGUUCACAUGAGGACAUCCUCAGUCUCAGCAGGACUUGUGUCCGUCUCACCGUAGACUGACGACAUUCUGAACCCCAACACAACUCAACACUACUCAGCAGACAAUCACUGCUCUGUUUUUUUCUUCCCUCAGCCCAGCCAGUCUUGUGUAUUUGUGCAUAGAGAGAGGAAACUGAAACUCACAUUUUUUUUUGUUGUAAAGGAACUGUAAAGGAAAUGCCGACAAUGGCUCUUGACUGUAAGUCACCUGUUCAACUUUCAAUAAAGUCCUAAAUAUGGUUUCA